AUGCAACCCCCCAUCGAAGUCGACCCCGACGAAACCGACUACCCCUCCACCGACUCCACCAGCACCUCUCUAGCCUCGUCCAUCCUCCAGUACGAAUACCGCCAUGGCCGACGAUACGCGCACGCCUCGUCCUCCUCACACUCCAUCCCCGCAACCGGCGGAACGUAUUACUUCCCCAACGACCAGCCCGAGCAAGACCGUCUGGACAUGAUCCACCACGUCUUCUACCGACUCCUCGGCGACCGGCUCUUCCUCGCACCGAUCGACCUGACAGGAAAACGCGUCCUCGAUAUCGGCACCGGCACAGGGACCUGGGCGCUCGACGUCGGCGACGCAUACCCGGGCGCCGAGGCCGUCGUGGGCGUCGAUAUCAGCCCCAUCCAGCCGGCGUGGGUGCCGCCCAACGUGAAGUUCUACGUAGAUGAUGUGGAGAAGCCCUGGGUGGAGAAUACGCCCUAUGAUUUCAUUCACUGUAGGUAUAUGGCGGGGUCGAUAAGGGACUGGGCCCGUUUGGUACGGCAGUGUUUUGAGAAUUUGGCCCCGGGAGGGUGGAUUGAGUUUCAUGAGACGGAGAAUACGUUGUACUCGGAUGAUGGGAGUCUGAAGGGGGAUGAGAGCUACAUGGUGAGGAUGAUGGAGGGGUUGAUGCGUGCGUGCGAUAUGAUCGGGCAGACGAUGGACCCGGCGCCGAGUAUUCGAAGGUGGGUGGAGGAGGCCGGGUUUGUGAAUGUGAGUGUCGAGAGGAUUAAGUUGCCUGUGGGCAGCUGGCCAAAGGAUCCGAGGCUGAAGGAGUGCGGGAGUCUGAUGAGGGUCAAUUUCGUUGAGGGCGUCGAUGCCUUCACGGCGGCGCUGUUUCCGGAGAUCCUGGGAUGGGAGAAGGAGCAAGUGCAGGCGUUGAAUGCGGGCGUCAGGAGAGAGGCGUUGGAUGGGAAUGUUCAUGCCAUAUUCGAUCUGUUGGUCGUGAAGGCGCAGAAGCCGUAG